AUGAGAUCUUUCCCGUUAUCCAGCGCCCUGUGGGCUAUAGCGCUUCCACUGACCACCUUCCUUGCCAAUGCCAAUGGUUACUGUGAUCCCCUCGUUAACCUCACCUACGGCUCCUUCCAAGGCAAAUACGAUUCAACCUACAACAUCUCCUACUUUCGCAAGAUCCCCUUUGCUGCGCCCCCAACCGGCGAGAACCGCUUCCGCGCACCCCAGCCACCACUGCCUAUAGAUGAUGGCCUCUACGACACAGACCAGCCCUUUGACAUGUGUCCUCAGCGCACGGUCAAUGGGUCCGAGGACUGCCUGUACUUAGGCCUGUUCUCACGGCCUUGGAUUUCGGAUUUGAACCAAGGUUCAAACUCGGAUUCGGCUUCUUCAGUCGCAGUUCGCAGACCCGUCCUCGUCGUCUUUUACGGUGGUGCAUUCAUCCAAGGAAGUGCUUCAUUCUCGCUGCCGCCCUCCUCUUACCCUGUGCUCAACGUCAGUGCCCUGAACGACUACAUAGUCAUCUACCCAAACUACCGCCUCAAUGCCUUUGGCUUCCUUCCCGGAAAAGCAAUUAAGGAGUCGCCCACCUCAGACCUGAACCCCGCGCUCCUGGACCAAGAGUACGUGCUAAAAUGGGUCCAGGAGCACAUUGAGCACUUUGGAGGUGAUCCGCGCAAUGUCACAAUCUGGGGACAGAGUGCUGGCGGGGGAUCUGUUGUUGGGCAAGUCCUUGCGAAUGGACGAAGGGGAAAGAAGAAGCUCUUCUCGAAGGCCCUGGCCAGCUCGCCGUUCUGGCCGAAGACGUAUCGGUACGAUGAUGACGAGGCGGAGGAGAUUUAUGAUAGUCUUGUGGAGUUGACGGGCUGCAAGGGGACAGAUGAUACACUGGCUUGCUUGAAGAGUGUCGACGCUCAAGCCAUCCGCGACGCAAACCAGGUUAUCAGCGCGAGCCACAAGUGGACGACGUCUUCGUAUACAUGGGCGCCUGUUAUCGAUGACGAGUUCCUUCUUCAUACACUAACCGAUGCAACGACGCACGGUCUAAUCGAAACAGACUAUUUCUUCGCGACGCAUAACGCACACGAAGGCGAGGACUUUGUCCCGCCUGGUCUUCAAUAUGCGAACACGAAUGAGACUACUGACACGUUCAACUCUUCAUCUGCGAGUUUCCACGCCUGGAUCACGGGCUUCCUACCAGGCUUAUCGAAGUCCCAAGUUCAUGCCCUCGAAACCAAGUAUUAUCCGGAGAUAGGUACAACCGAGACACUGGAUAUUUACAAUACCACAUAUGUACGAGCGGGAUUAAUAUACCGUGAUGUUGUCCUAACGUGCCCGGGAUACUGGCUAGCUUCUGCCGCAGAGAAGAAGGGAUACCUGGCGGAGUAUACGCGUGCACCGGCGCAGCAUGGGGACGAUACUGGCUACGUUAGUGCAUCUAUCCUACCCCCAAUACUCUCUUGGAACCGAGUCAACUCCGUCCAGCAAACGAAUCCGCUCAUCUACAGAGGCUUUGCCGGUGCCUUCGGCUCUUUCUUCCAGACGGGCGAUCCGAAUGCGCACAAGUUGACUGCGGCUGAUGUUUUGGGGGUUCCGGAGCUGCACGAAACUGGAAAGGAGUGGAUCAUAGGGGCAGACGGCUUUGGAGAGGUCGAGCUGCAGGAAUUGAAAGAGAGGUGUGAAUUCUUGAGGGGCGUGGGGAAGAGGAUUCCUGUUUAG